AUCUCUAGCAUGAUUCUCGUACAAAAGAGAAAGCCUGUCGAACUUGAUCGCUGCUGCAGGUCGGGAAAUUAUAAUACCAUCCAGAGAAAUAACCUUGCUGAAUUUUGUCCUUAAACUAUCACCUGGCGAUGGCGUUAACCCAUACUCUCAGACAGAAGAACAUCUCCAAGAGAUGCUUCUACCUCCUCCGAUGCCCUCAUGGAGUAGAUCGAUUCAGCGUGCUAUCAUAGCAAUCUAUGUACUGAUCUUCCUUUCAUCAUUUUUCCUCCUUGGUUGGCGGAUCAAGACGAAUAAAUUUCUCUUCAUCGGAUUGAAUGCUAUGGGUUUGAUCAAGUUUGACUGUAUGAGCCUGGGUGCUAUAGUGGGAACCAUUUAUAGCUCAGUGACAAUCACGGACUUGGUUUGGAAAGAGACCAUAAUGGAUGGCUACCAUGACCAAUCCUGGCAGCUUAUUCUAUCUGGCUGCAAGUUUAUUGUGGUAUUGACUGGUUCCUGGUGUGAGUGAUACAACACAUCUGGUCAUCAAAAAGACUCUUGAUUUGAUGAAAACAAACGCGUUUUGUAGGCUUUCUGUGGGUCUGCAUGGGGCAUUGGCUACUUCAGAAAGCCAGAGAUUCACACCGGGAGCUCAACAAAUUCAUACCGCCAGCCGUUGCUUGGUUAAUGAACGGUGCAUUCAUAGUAUUGACUAUAGCUCCG